UGCGCCGCGGGCCACCUCCCGGCAGCGGCAGCACCGGCACCGCGGGGAAGCCGCUCGGAUUCCGCGCUGUGGGACGAGUUCCUAAUUUCGUUUCGUGGCAGUUGUUCUCCUGCCUCUGUCCCGCGCCCUUUCUGCCGACUCAGUCAGUGCCGCCUGAGGAGCUCAGCUCACCGACUCGAUGUGAAAGCAAGACAAACCAAGGUGCAGCAGAUGAAGGAGACGCAGUGAGGUCAGCUGGUGGGGACAGCAGUGUCUCUCUGAGCUACCCCAGCCUGCACCUCCAUGCCUACAGCAUCGAGAGCAUGACAACGUUUCCAAAUGGCUGUGGAAAUGGCACCACUGUUACUUGUAUAGUUAUGGAUAAUAAAGAGCCCUCAAACCAAACCACCUGUGUCAGUCAUAAUGGGGGAUACAGCACCAGCAACAGCCAUGAGGAGGAAAUUCAAGAGGAUAAAGUCAGCCCUUCCAAAAUCAUGCGCUUUUUCACCACCCCUCGGAAACGAGCUAAUUCUGGCUCUGACAGGCCUCGUUCUCUGGUUUUGAUGGGCAACUCGUCCACAUGGAAUGCUUUGUCUUCCAUCAGAAAAAUGGGGUCUUUCAAGAAGUUGAAAUCUUCAGUUCUCCAAGGAAUUCAAACAAGGGAAUGUUCAGACAUCUUAAAUGAGAAUGGUGUAGACAAACAGAACAGUGCAAUGGUGCGAGUUCAGACUAACAGGUAUUCCUAUUCAGGGCCUCUACAUGAUUUCCAGAAUGCAGUGGAUGGUCUGGCUUCUGACUGCUCUGAUGUGGAGGAGAGUGAUGAGUCUUUCCUGAGGAAUACUCAUCGCUCACGCAGCAUCAGGAGGGCAUACGGUGCUGGUCGCAUAAACUUGCUAGACACAGACAAAGCUCAGAGUCAUCAGAACCAUAUUAGGCCAACAUCACCAGUCAUCACAGAGCCAAACAUCUGUGAAAUUUUGGUGAAAGACUCUGAAAACAACAGGAUCAUUUAUCGGAGAAGCAAAAGUUCAGACAAUUUGAACUUUCUGAAAAAAAGCUCGUUCAAACGGAAGUCCACCUCAAACCUCACCGACCUCAAGGUCACAAAUGAAAAACAGGUGCCAACGAGGACUGUGAGUGUUACUUCUGCUGACUCGGACAAAAUCAGUGUGAACCCUGAGAGGAGAUCCAAGCGAUGGAAGAGCCCUAUCAGGGCAAAGGAUUUUGACCGAGUUUUGAGACUUGUCAGUAAUGUUACAGACGUUGCAUGGAAGAAGGAUGGCCCUAAGAGCAUGGCUCCUUCUCCCAGUGAGCAGUCCCAGAGAACAAGGUCAAACAGCAGACUGCAUGAUGACUACUCCCGCAGGGUUUCCAGCAGCACGGAUCAUGACAGAAAGAGAUGCACCUCCCCAGUGUCUAGUCCAGACUCUUCCUUGCCGGGAACACCUUGUCCUCAAAGCCCUGCAGUUGCUCAGGAUAAAGAGGCUGAAAUGGAUGUAGCUGUUGCUGAAGACAAAAGCCUCAGAACGUCAUCAGGUAUCCCAGACUCUGACAGCUUAUCACCCACGCUGAAUGACCUUAGUCCAUUUCCCAAUGAAGUGUUUUAUUCGGACUAUGAUGAACCAAAAGCGACCCAGCAGUUUACACAUGAAGCUGAAAACCCUUAUGUUCCGGUCAGACCGACAACUCCAAAGCCUCAAAGUCCCACUGCAGAGAAGGUCAAGUGCAAUAUGAAUUCACAGUGCCCAAACCAUCACAGCACAUUGUCGCUGAGCUCAUCGGAGAGCGAGGAGAGGGUUGAGGUACAAGGGCUGAAGCUGGGAAGGAAUCCUGUUUGUUUCCAGGACUCUGUGCAAACUGUGUACUAUGACGAUGGAAAUGAAGACAGUGGCAUAAGCAGCCACUCUCAGCUGAGCCUCAAUUUAGCCUCUGGUCCUGAAGAGAAAAAGGAAGAGGUUGUUUCUGAUGACCACUGGAAGAAGUCCUCAUCCCAGGAUGAAGAAAAGGCAGACACACAAAAGGUCACACACAGGAGAUGGGGCUCUGGAAAAAGAUCUCGGCCCAGACCUCUCUCAGACUAUGGCCAAAUGUCGAUUAGAAGUUUCUCUAUACCAGAGGAUGCAGUUGCUGUGGCAUCCCAGAAGACAGACUGCGUGGAUGGAGGAAACCAUCCAGGAGAGGCCUCCAUCGGGUCGGUGAUCCAAAGCAAUACAGUAGGCUACCACAGAGGGCGAAAAAGAAGACCCAUCUCCGUCAUAGGUGGGGUCAAUUUCUAUGGAAGCGGUCCGGCGGAAGAGAUAGAAGGUCUGCUGACACAACCUGUACCACGGCCCCCAGUUCCAGCACACCAGGUGCCCCCUUACAAAGCUGUGUCCGCCAGGUUCCGGCCACUCACCUUCUCACAGAGUACCCCCAUCGGCCUGGACCGGGUUGGACGGAGGCGUCAGAUGAGAACAUCUACUGUUGCUGCAGAUGGUGGGACUGAAUCUUCAGCCUUAGUGGACGACAAUGGUAGUGAGGAAGAUUACAGUUAUGAGGAGCUCUGCCAAGCCACUCCAAGGUACCUGCAGCCUGGAGGGGAACAGCUAGCAAUUAAUGAGCUGAUAAGCGAUGGCAGCAUUGUCUAUGCAGAAGCUCUCUGGGACCAUGUGACUAUGGAUGAUCAAGAGUUGGGCUUCAAAGCUGGAGAUGUCAUUAGAGUUCUAGAAGCUUCCAACAAAGACUGGUGGUGGGGAAGAAAUGAGGACAAGGAAGCCUGGUUUCCAGCUAGCUUUGUCAGGCUGCGAGUUAAUCAAGAGGAAGUGCCAGAAAAUUGUAAUAGUGUCCAGGAUGAAGAACAAGAUGCAGAUAUUAGCAAGCAUCGUCAGAAAAUAGCUGAAAACAAGGAUCAGAUGAGAACCAACGUUAUACAGGAAAUUAUGAACACAGAACGAGUCUAUAUCAAGCAUCUCAAGGACAUCUGUGAGGGUUACAUUCGGCAGUGCCGCAAGCACACGGGGAUGUUCACGGCUGCGCAGUUGGGAACCAUCUUUGGGAACAUUGAAGAUAUUUACAAGUUCCAAAGGAAGUUUCUGAAGGAUCUUGAGAAACAGUACAACAAAGAGGAACCUCAUCUAAGUGAAAUAGGGUCAUGUUUUCUUCAACAUCAAGAAGGCUUUGCUAUUUAUUCAGAGUAUUGCAACAAUCAUCCCAGUGCCUGCAUUGAACUUUCCAAACUAAUGAAACAGGGCAAAUACCGUCAUUUCUUUGAGGCCUGUCGCUUGCUUCAGCAGAUGAUUGACAUUGCCAUUGACGGUUUUCUUCUCACACCCGUUCAGAAAAUCUGCAAAUACCCUCUGCAGCUUGCAGAAUUGCUCAAGUACACCACUCAGGAGCACAGUGAUUAUAACAACAUCAAAGCUGCAUAUGAGGCCAUGAAGAACGUUGCGUGCCUGAUCAAUGAGCGAAAACGAAGACUAGAAAGUAUAGACAAGAUUGCACGUUGGCAAGUGUCUAUUGUAGACUGGGAGGGACCAGAUGUGUUAGCCAGGAGCUCAGAACUGAUCCACUCGGGAGAACUGACCAAAAUAUCAAAGCAAGGCAAAAGCCAGCAGAGGACUUUCUUCCUUUUUGACCAUCAGCUUGUGUUCUGUAAGAAGGACCUACUAAGAAGGGACAUCUUGUAUUAUAAGGAUCGUAUUGACAUGGAUGAGAUGGAAAUUGUGGACACUGAAGAUGGCAAAGACAAAGACUUUAACAUUACUGUCAAGAAUGCUUUUAAGGUAAUAAACAGAGCAACAGAAGAGAUUCAUUUGUUCUGUGCAAAAAAACAGGAGGAUAAAAAGAGAUGGAUGGAAGCAUGCGAAAGUGAAAGGAGAAGAGUUCAGGAGGACAAGGAAAUGGGAAUGGAAAUCUCUGAAAACCAGAAGAAACAAGCCAUGCAGAAUGCCCGUAAGUCAAGACAUGGAAAAAUUAAAGGUGUGAGUUAUAACGGGUGCUCUGUGCCUCCUCCACACCAAAGCUUGCAUCCCAUUCACCAGCGCCACAUCACCGUGCCCACCAGCAUCCCCCAGCAGCAGGUUUUCGCCCUGGCAGAACCCAAGCGGAAGCCAUCCCUCUUCUGGCACACCUUCAACAAACUCACUCCCUUUAAAAAGUGAGAGUGAGAUAGGCCAAGGACCUGGGAAAGAAUUGAUCCAGAGAGGACCCUGGACACACAGUGAAGCUUGUUUGAGCUCUAUGAAUCUCCCUGGAGAUUUUGGAGGGAAAACCUUGAUUUCCCUUGAGCCAGAAAUACAACCUUCGUCUAAGUGAAGAAUGAAGUUCCUCAAGGCUGCUCUGAAGUCAAUGUUGCCAAGUGUUAGCAUUGCUGAUGAAGAGCAGUCUCCCUUCUGUCAAAGACAGCUUGCUGUUAUUCUGAAGCAGCAGUAUUUGAUCUCAGUUAUGUUGUAGCAAUGAUGGAAUCAUGCAGGUCAUUGUAACAUUUCAUUUUUCUUAACCUUAUAUUGAUGGCCAAAUUUAGGACAGGGAGGAAUUUCUCCUUUGGGGUAUAUCAGCAAGGAAUCUUAGAAGAGUUUUCUCCUUCCACUUGGAGCAGUGGGCAGAGGCCAUUAAAAUCCAGUGGAGACAUCCCUUGUGCUUAACCAGCUGUUGCAGGAUUCAGUAGCCCCCAGUCCUUCCUGUCUUUCCCUAUUCAGUUGCCAAAUGGCAGAACAUCCCGCAAGGCCUUAUUGUAUUCCAGAUUGGAACAAGGAAAUUUCAUUCUGUCAUGUAGAAACAUGGACAGAGUGUGAGACAGACUAUAAAGGUACAUGCAUGUAUUGCACACUAGUGGGAACAAGAGGAGCCCAGGGCAUCUCUGAUUACUUUCAGUCACAGCAAUAUUCUGCACUCAUGUAAGCUCUUCAGUAUAAAGCUUUUAUAUCGCUUGUUGCGCACUUCUUCACCUGGGAGACGCUUCUUUAUAUUUCCAAUAUUCUUAUUUCUCUGUGUAAAAAGGACUUUUUUAUUUUCUAAUGGAGAUAAUGUGAAUGUACAAAGUCAGAGUUGAGACAGUACAUGCUGACUGGUGACUGCUGGCCGUGCUAUGUAGUUCUCAGACUUUGUAUAGCUUGACUUAGGGAGCAGAUGAAUGAUAAUGUAAAUAUAUUGAAGUGGUCUGGAUCCGUGAUUCUUAGACACAGUCAACUGACAAUGGGUUUUGACCAAUUAUUUCUUCAGAAAGAGUGAAAUCCGUACUGGAAGAGACAGAGAAAUUGUGUGGACUGGAGAUGGAUUCUUAUCUUGGAAUUGUCAGUCUAUAUCAGAAGGGGAAGAACCUGACUCAAUGAAGGCCAGCUUUGGCCAGCAUAUGCAAUACUUGAUUUGCAUUGCCACAGUUUGCCUAUGACAUGAAGUUGAUUUUGGAGAAUAACUUUUUAAAAGUCACCAGGAAGAAACAGGAUCUUGAUAUUUGCAGUACUGAUGAUUUCUACAUGAUAGCUCCUGGUAAGGAUGUCAAGACUGCUUAUAAUAUGGAAGGAAAGAAAGACUCUGUAUGUUUCAGAACUGAUUUGCAAUGAAUGUCUUUACAAUACAUUACUCUAUGCUGCUGAUUAGGGGCAUUAUCUGAUAAUAAGGGUAGAUCCAAGAAUGUUCUUUGACAAUAGACACAAUCAUCUUUGUCAUGAUUCUGUAAUGUAUGAAGAACAAACAAGGCGCUAGAGGCCAGGCAUCUUAACAACAACGUAAAAAAGCCUUAUUUUAAACAUAUAUUUGUUUCUGCUACUCGUUACCUCUAUAUUUUUUUUUUACAUCAGUGUUGUGAAGCCCACUAAUACUACAUUUUGUGAUUUGAUAACUUUGUGACAACUUCUGCAAAGCCCAGACCUGUGGGUUUGAUUUUAAAUGGCAUCUUUUGACAACUGUACAUUUCAAAUGCCUUGUGUACAUAGCUCAGCAAUAAUGCAAAGUCUGGUGAUGCUCAGCCAAAUGUUCAUUACACAGUGAACUUCAUUGCUUGUCCUUUCCAAUGGCGAUGGAAGAUGACCCAGAACAGUUGAGAACUGGAAAUAUGCACCGACAUGUUCAAUAGUCCAGCUUAAACAAAAUGCAUGGGAAAGUCAGUGGAAAAAAACUAAACCAAACCAAAACUAGUUGGGUUGUAUUUUGCUUUUAAUGUUUGAAACAAGCCAUUUCUGUUCAGAUUUUUUUAGAAGAUAAUUCUAAAUGUUCAACUGAAACACGAGGGGCAGAGUUCCAAACGCAGGCAUGGAUGCGUGCCCUUCCUCUCCAAUGAGUAACCCCUUUGUGUUUUCUUACAUACCCAUUUUUUUGGGUACUCGCCAUGCUCAUGCCUGCAAACCAAAGUGAUACAUGUACUGUGGAAGUGGACAUGAUGUUUUUCAUAAUCACAUUUUGAAAGACUUGUUCUAGAUGCAAAAAAAGUUGGACUGCAAGUGGUCACCCAGAAAUUUUCCCAGCUGGACCUGAAGACGUUUUUAGAUCCACAUGUACUUACAUAUGUGUCUUUGAUAAACUCUGCUUCCUUCCACACCUCGGUUCUGUGAAGUGCUGGAGGUUUUGGUAUGUAUAUGCUGACAUGUCAGCACCCAUGAAGGCUCUUCCCAUGUAGUAGUGCUGGUGCCUUAGCCCUAAAAAUGAACAGAAAUAUUUGCAUAUGGGUUUGGAUGCAGCAGUUUGGGUUUGUUGUUUGUUUGUUUUUUCUCAAGCAGUGAAUUUCUGAGAGAUUAAAAAGAAGAUGUUUUAUGAUGCAAAUAACUCAGGACAGUUUUACAAAUCGUAGUCUACCUGUAGACAUGGUUGUUUUGUAAUAUUCUGUGUCUUUCUUUGCAAUCUGACCUUGCAACAGAUUAAGAUAAAACAUAACAAGAAGACAGGCCAAAUUGAGACUACACCUUAAUCUUUUCAACAAAUAACAUUUAAAUGAAACCACACAGUUACAUUAUCCAACAAUUAUGACAAAUAUUUACUCGGAGUUCAGCCUGGGUUUAGAGUCUGUGGGAAAAGGAGUUACAAGUGAAAUGUAAAAAUUUGUAUUCUAUCAGCUCUUCCCCUGAUCCUCCUUCUGAUGACAAAACGUGUAUAUGAUCAGUAAGGUAUGACGGCAACAUCUGUGCUUUUCCUCUCUUUUGCAUGCUUGAAGUAACUAUAAAAAGUUCUAGGGCAACGACUAAGCACAUUUGUGCCUAAAGCACAGCCAGAGCCUUCCCGAUGGCCUGCUGAGCAUAUAACCUCAGAUGAUGCAUGAGAUGCAGUAAAAUAGAAUUGUCCUCAGAUGUGUUCCCACUGAGUUAGGAAAAUGCUAAACCAUAAUUGCAUCUAACUCAGAGCAUUUGAUGUAUAAAAUAAUAAGAUUGUUUUACAAGUGGCUCUUGCCAUGCUAAAUUUCACAUGGAGUUUUAGUGGUCAGUGUAAUAACGGAGUUCAAAGACAGACUACUCAAAUGUUCCGCGUUUUAGUUGUCUUUUGAAAAUAAGAGAGUUUUGGAGCCAAAGGUCUUUAGCCAUAACUAACACCGUACCUUUCUUUGACUGCCUUUCUGCUUUUUUUCUAUACGUAUGGCAUUUGUAUGUAGGAGAUGCCUUCUGAUCGAUCUCUAAUUUAAAACUACUUGUUGUAAAUACUAGGGAUGACUUGCAUAUAUGUUUUAUUUUGACAAGUGUUUUGUAACAUUUUAUCUUGCAUACAUUGCUUUGUGCAUCUGUGUGCUGUUACACAUAUUGUAAAUGAAGUGUCCUGGCUACAGUGCAGAUGAAUUGGCUGUUGACAGCUGAAGUACAAUGUAUAGGACUGCAGUAGCUUGAAAUGCAUUUGUUCUGAAGUAACUGCAUUACGAGGUUUAUUUACUUUUGGAACAUUGUUUGUCAAUUGAAUCUAUUUUCUGGAAAUAAGUACAAACUUACAUUCCCAUUAUUCUUUUUCUCUUAUUGUACAUGUUUGAAUUAAAUAAUGUACAAAGCUGAAGUUCCUCAGCUGUGUCUUAUAAAACUUU